AAACGCAAGUGUAUUAUAAAGCGAGUGGAAAAUAUUUUUUUUAGAUUAAAACGCUUAUUUUAACAUUCACAGACAACUGCAAACAGAUUUGGAGAAGAUCACAAGAAACAUUUUCCUUGACGUGGCGAUCACAACAUGGAUAAAUUUUGUAUAGUACAAAGUUGUGGUAAACGAAGUUGUCAACUAUUCCCUGUUCCUCAUAAAGGCAGCAAAGUUUUCGGAAAAUGGAGUAAAUAUAUGAAGCUAAGCGAAACAAAACGGUAUCUUAAACCAAACGCAGUUCCAAGUCUUAAAAUCAGGCCACUGAUUUCGCUAAAAAGGAAAAUUUACAUCGAGAGAGGUAACACUGCAGAACAAACUCCAGAGCACGGAUACGCAAAGUCUUUUAACUACCCACGAAGUAGUGUAAUGUGUUCUAUCAAAGGAUGCACGGCACAAGCAGGAAAUGGAAUCAUGCUACAUAAGGUUCCUCCGCCAAAUGCAAAUAUCUUCAUAAAGUGGGCUCGCGUUCUUAAAUCGAUACAUUAUCCUACAAAACAUACACGUGUGUGUAGCAGGCACUUCUUGAAAUCAGAUUAUACUGCAGGUGGAAAGCGGUUAAGACCAGGAUCAUUUCCGACCCAAUUCCUUACGACAUCUCAAGCGCUUCAGAUGUCGAAUCCAUACAAACGUACCUUUCGAUCGUUCAAGCGGUUAUCUAAAACGUCAUCCAACCGUGAUUCCGAUUGUUACGAAGGAAGGACAUUAGUUAACAGCAGUCCGACAUAUACAAAGGAUUCGCAAAGCGUGACAGGGAAUGCUCCCAUUGAAAAUUCUUUAUUAACUGGACAUAGUACACACUCUGAAAUCCCUGUAUUAGACAAGCAAAAUUAUUCUACCGACGUAGAAUUUGAAGAACACUUAGAUCCAUUUUUAUUCAAAGAGUGCUCCAACUCAAACUACCCUAAUCAAAUUAUCAAUGCGGACGAACCGCCUGUCGUGAAUCCGUACAAGUAA